UGUAACAGUGUAUUUUACACUUUUACUGAAGUGAAACACUUAUUUUGCCACUGAUAUAGGCCAAUUGUCAAUUAAUUUACAUUACCAUCAAACGCUUGCACAUCUUUCUUCUGCGUUCUGAGUUAAUUGGUGUGAUUUUAAAAGUAGCACAUAUUUUCAUACUGCUCUGUGAUCUGUAGGUGGGUGUGUACCUAAACGGAACAGAGGACGAUCCAGGGUCCGUGGCCGUCUACUUCUACCUGACCUCAGGCCCAAAUGACAGCGACCUCAGUGGCCGUGUCCGUGGCAGCAGGCAACUAUGGUCCUGAUGGAUCAGCAGUCUGACAUCAGACAGCAAAUGAACGUGCAUCUAAUGGUCACCACUGACCCUGACGAGAUUUCCUCUAAUGGCACUGAGUACUACUGGGACAAUCCCAGGAAGGUCGGCUCUAAAGUGACUGAUGAGUCUGAUGGCAGCUUUUACUAUCGAGGACCAGGCUCUGGAACAACUGCCUUCAUCACCCACAGCAGGCUAAAGAGCAGGAACUUCAUCAAAGGAGACGAUGCCUUCUUCCUCUUCAGUCUGGAAGACAUAUCAGGUCUACUGGUAUCUCAGCCUCUUCCCCGCUCUGCAGUCCAUGCUGAUUCCAGUCUGAUGAAGGCUGCAGACCAAGGUGCUCCACAAGGAGCUGCUAAUAACCCCACAGUGGUCAUAGCGAUGGCAGGGUCUGCGGCAGCAGCCAUGUUGGUGGUGUUCAUGCUGAUCGUAGUGAAUGCCUGGAGGGUGAGGAAGAGACGGCAGGAGAGUGAUGAGGUGUUGAUCACAAAGAACAUGCCUGGAUUCAUGGAAGAGAGAACAUCUCUUCUCAUCACUCCAUGAUGUCCCAAUCAAAGAAAAAAAAUCAGCACUUACCAGAAGAGAGAGGGCAUUACCAAAUGAUCUCUAUAAUCAGAGUGUCACCUGAAUCCUUUUCUUGUAUAAUCUGAAUUUGUUGCUAUAAAUAAAAUAUAUUCUGACAGCA